AUGUCGGAGGCCCUGGUCGAUGCGUGGAAGGAGAAAGGCUUCGACAAGGACAUGGCCGGGGAUGCAGAGGGGGAGAUGGUAAGCUUCGGCGCCUUCGGUAGCCAGGCCCUGCGGCUCCGCUUUCAGGGCCUUGCUUUAUUCCCGGACAAGGUCGACGUCGUGAUCGCUCCAACGGCACUUCACCUGGGAUCCGUCAAGGCCGGCUUGGAAGGCCUUGGCAUGCAGGUGUCUUCGCAGAACGUGGGCAAGAAUGAAAUGGGCGCAUUCACUGGCGAGUGGACCGCCACGCACUUGCAGGACAUGGAGGUGCCAUACACGCUCAUCGGCCACUCGGAGCGCCGAAGCAAGUACGGAGAGUCAGACGAGGACACGGCCGUGAAGGUGGAGAAGUGCCAGGCUGCAGGCAUCAAGGUGAUCUUCUGCAUUGGCGAGCUCCUGGAGGAGCGCGAGGCCAACAAAACUGACGAGGUGAACAAGCGCCAGCUCGCUGCCGUGAUCCCAAAAAUCACGAACUGGGACAACAUUGUCAUCGCCUACGAGCCUGUCUGGGCCAUCGGCACCGGCAAGGUCGCCACGCCGGAGCAAGCCGAGGAGACCCAGGAGGGCUGUUCACGACUGCGAAUUGGCGUUCAGACAUGUUUUCGGAAGCAGCAGCAGAAGAAGAAGAAGAAGAAGAAGAAGAAGAAGAAGAAGAAGAAGAAGAAGAAGAAGAAGAAGAAGAAGAAGAAGAAGAAGAAGAAGAAGUUGAACGUGCCCGUGCCCUUGUCGCGGCCGGCACGGAGUGAGGACCAGUCAACCACAUUCGCGGGGCCUCUUAAGGACCUUAGUCCUCCAAGCGACGCGCAAGCUCCUAUGGAGUCCUACGCGUUCCGCACGCCAUGCCGCGCGGACCAAAGUUUACACGCUGUGUCAGCCGCGUGCACGCUCGCCCACCAACCGUCCCGCUAA